AUGUCGGAUGAUUGUGACAUUUUGGGACCACUAGGAUUUUCAAUAUAAAUUCUGCUGGGUGUGUUUUCAUUCUUUAUUUUGAUUUAUAAAAGAAUUGUGGAAAAACCGAAGAGACAAUGGAAAGUGUGGGGAUUAGAUACAUCCAAACAAGGAUGUUCGUAAGUCUUUGCUCAUUUUCUGAAUGUUGCAUUGGCUAUACAUUUGUCAGGGGAUUCUGAUGAGUGUGUUUGGUAUUUGGCCACAUUGUUAUUGGAUACAACAAUUGGAGUAUUAUUUAGUUAUGUAAUCCUAAAAUUAGUUGAACUUACAUUAGAGCAUUUUUAAAUGGCAAAUUAUCGUUCAGGAAACUAUUUUUUAAUUAUUAUGCCAGAUGACCAAGUUAAAAAAAAUGAAAUGAAUAAUAAAGAUAAAGUGCCUGCUGGUACUAAUCUCAUCAAGCCUAUAAUUAAAAUUGAUUUAAAAGCAUGGUUCAUUCAAUUAAUUUUGUGGAUACUAGUAGUGUCUAUUUCUAAAUUCUUCCUUUUUCUAUUGCAAUUAGUCAUUGGUUUCAUUUUAGAAAGCAUUUCUUAGUUCAUUUUAUCUCCAUUUUCAGAUUUGGCAACCUUUAAACUGAUUAUUGUGAUGUGUAUUAUCCCUGUGUUUAUGAAUGGUUUACAAUUUUGGAUUUAAGAUAAUUUUCUAAAAAAGACUGAAUUCACAAUAUAAGAAAAAAAAUACGUCUUAAGUGAGAUGUACGUUGAUGAGGAAUUAACUAACUUUGCUUAAUUAGAUAAUUUUGUUAAUAAUCCAGUAUGUAUAUUCAUCAAAUUUCUGACUUAGGAAGUUAAAAGUGACCAUUGCUUAGACAAAUUGCAAAUGGAAAUGGCCAAUGUAGGAGUUGGUGUGCAAUAAAUAACUAAAGGAUACCAAAAGGCAGAUUUUGAGUGAUUUAUAAUUAAUAAUUGAAAAAUUUAUGAGAUUUUCUAAA